GUACUAUCGUUGUGAGUGUCGCCAUGUCGUGUUAUUUACUGCAGGUAAAGCUUACGUGAUGGUGGGUAGUAGGACUUUGGUCUAUCGUAAGGAACUCAUUGGUUCAAUUGUGAAAUAAGCAGAGAAGUUUUGACUGCAUAUUACAUUACAUCGCAGAAGCAAAUUUCGUGUGUUUAUGAAAACGGCGGAAGAGGAGGGACGUUCGCCCAAACAGAUGUUGACGAGAACAGGCCGUCAUCCACCACUCGUUCGCUUCGAAUUUGGCCAUCGAAUUUUGACAACAGCCAGCCAGAAUGGGGUACAUACUUCUGUAUGAAGUAGUCAUACUUCUGGCAUCAGCACUUCUAGUGAGCAGUGGUGACUGUCCAACAUACUGCACAUGUGAUGCAUCUGGAACAUCAGGAAUCCUAGCAAAAUGCAGUGCCUUUGAUAAUACACAACACUUUGGCUUGGAAGUUGCUUAUCUGGAUCUGUCCAACAUCCCCAAGUCCUCAGGACUAAAACUUACAAAUCGGAUCUUUUUCAAUGCUGGUCUCAAGCGCGUUUCAUCAAUUACAAUACUGAACAGCACUUUGGAGCAGAUAGAUGUAAAUGCAUUUCAUGGCCUCUACAACCUAAAUCAAUUGAAUCUUGGUGGAAAUCAUCUUGCUCUUCUUGAGCCUGACAUGUUUGCAAACAAUAGACAUCUAGAGAGACUUUCUUUGAGUCGGAAUCCACUUAAGUACAUGCAAGUUCAACCUUCCCCAUAUAAUGGAUACUUUCUUAAUAUUCCUUCACUUCAAGAAUUGGACUUGUCUGAAUGCAAUUUGUCUCACCUACUUCCUACAAUGUUUAACAAACUAACAACAUUAACAUACAUCAAUCUGGCGUCAAAUAAUAUUUCUUAUAUAGGAAAAGAAACAUUUGCUCCAUUAGUGGAUUUGCUUGAUCUGGAUCUUUCAGAUAACAAGCUGAGUCAGUUGAGUUCCGAUAUGUUUGCAAAUAACUUGGAAUUGAGCUCUUUGAACAUGCAAAAUAAUCGUCUGACAUCACUGAGAGGUGUUAGGAUAAAAAGUCUUCAGAAGCUGGAUCUUAGUCUGUGUAAGUUCAGUACUGUUGAUGCAGACACCUUCUUUGGAUUCCCAGACAUAAGAGAUUUAAAUCUGAGUGGUAAUGCUAUAACUGCAAUUAAUUCAAAUGCUUUUCAACAUAUGACAAAACUCCAAAACUUGGAUCUAUCAAACAAUAAAUUAACUGGACCACUUCCUAAUGAUAUUUUCAUUAAUAAUAUCCAGUUAGAGACCCUGAAACUUGCAAAUAAUCCAGAAAUGAAUAAGUUUCCAGAAAAAGGUUUCCAAGGAGAGUUCAGUGAAAUGUACAUAUUGGAUGCAACAAAUUGUGGACUGACACAUUUAGAGGAACAUGAUUUAAAGAAGAUGAACCGUAUUGAACGGCUGUACCUUCGUGGAAAUGAAAUUCAGUACAUCAAACCUGGUGUUCUAAGUCCUAAAGUAGUAUUUCUAGAUUUGUCAGAUAACAAAAUUGCUCAUCUUGAUAAAGUUAGUUUUCCUUUUGGCUCAUCACUGAAGCAACUUCACCUUUCUGGAAAUCCGCUAAAGACGAUAUCACCAGCUGACUUUAUUAAUACCACUAGACUGACAAGGCUCAACUUGAAAUCAUGUGAUCUCCAACAACUAUGGGACUCAUAUGACUCAGGACUUCAGCCACUGAAAGUUCUUAGUUACUUAAACCUUGCUAAUAAUAAAAUAAAAAAUCUAACUGUGAAAGAUUACAAAUAUGUGGAAUAUGUGCAGACUCUUGUACUGAGUGGCAAUCCCCUGAUGUGCAGUGAUGAUCUGAAGAAACUCAUAAAGUUGCUGACCGAGAAUGGGGUGGCAUCAUCAGAUACCACUGAAAAGAAAAAGUUUGAACAACUGAAGAGUAAAGGUUCUGUGGAAAGAGUACAAGUGAAAUAUGAGUUGGGUUGGAAAAUAUUCAUGAACCACAUCUGUGAGGAAAAUCAGAAUUUAAUUGAUUUUAUACCUAAAUCAAAUGAAUCCAGUAUGAAAGUCACAAAUCCAGAACCCAUUUCGUAUGACUCGAGUAAGACUGUCACUAAAUCUGAAUUACCAUUAGAUGAUAUUGAAAUGGUGACUGAUGAAGAAAUAAUAUUUAGCAUUACACCAGAUUUAGAGCAUACAUUGAAUUAUUAUCCAGAGGACAUUCAUAAACAUCCAGUUACAGACACAGAAGCAAGCUACAUGUGGCCUAUUUUCAUAGUGACACUGUCAGCCAUUUCGAUCAUUUUGGCAUUUGUCAUGUUGGCAGCACUACUUCUUCGGUGGACUAGGCAGAAAAACAGUUACAGAAAUAAGUUUGCGAGACGUCAUAGCAUCUGUCGUACUCCGAGGUACAAGCAUGGUUCAACACUGUAUCAGCAGCUGUAUGAGGAUCCUCAUUCCCCCACAACGCCAGUGAUGAUGUCAAAGGUUCAAGAACAUUCCAGCGAGCAGCAAACAUACACUUUCCCUGACAAGGAUACUAAUGAACCUUCUGCCACUCCUGCACAACCAAUUAACAAGAUUUCAUACCUCAGCAGUCCCUUUCAUCACACCAGUAUUGUUCCUGAAUGUAUAUGAAAAAAGUUGUGGCACUGAAAGCAGCAGCAAGCAUCAGUAUUUUGUCAUAUAUGCACAGAACUGACUGAAAGACUGGAUUUUUAUAGUCAUGUGGGUAAGAUGUUGGAAUUUGGAGGAUGAGGGGCCUUGGGUACUGUCACUCUGAAUAUUUUGCCCUUAUAAAUGAUUAGUGUUGUACUCUGGAGUUUAUCUCCUUCCAAUAUAGAAUAUUUCCUAACCUCCCUGCAGUAGGAAUCCAUGUAUCACUUCACUAAUAAGUAUCAGUCAGCAAUUUAAAAUUGUUUAGAGGGGCUUACUGCAUGAUUGGUCAAAUUAAAAACUUAUUUUAGGAACCAGCCAAAAUUUAGAGGUCAGCCAUAAAAUGUAUGUAGCAUGUUGCAAGCAAAUACAUCAUGUCUCGAUGUAAAUUUGUGAUGACUGAAUAGAUUUAAUGCUUUGAGGAAGUACUGACACGUACACCUGUACUGAAUUAUAUAUUACUUUUCUGCUACCAGGACAUUAUUCCAUGUCUGCUAAAAAUUAAAUUUGGAAAAUUAUUUUAGAAAAUAGUGUUGUCAAACUUUACGAAGUUCAAUUAAUAUUUUAGGAACCAGCACGAAAUUCUUACUCACCUGGAUGAGUGGAUCCCUGGUAAUUUUCCAGUCUUUGCAGUGUAGUAAAUGUUAUUAAAUAAAAACUGAUUUCCAGUCAUUUACGUAUAUAUGUAAAUAAUAACAAAGGUAAAUGUAUAGUACAUGUAUGUAUGCAUUUAUUAUGAUGAAUAGUAAUUAAUUUGAAAAGGAAAGUACUUUUGAAACAAAUAUGCAGCAUAAAGACAGGGACACAAAAUAAAAAGUAAAAA